AGUGCGGUGCCUCGAUCUUAGAAAAACUCCAAGAUUUGAAUCAGGCAGGAUCAGGAAGUGUUUUCAUUCCAGCCCCUUUCUCUCCACCUCUCUGUUCCACUCCCAAAUUCCAUCCUUUUUUUUUUUUGAAAAUUGAAAGUUGAAAGCUCUUCAACAUUCCAAAACCUAACUCUCUUCCUCCUUCAAUCAAUUUAAACUAACUUGAAACCUUCAAUUUCUGUGAUUGGUCACAUAGGGAAUGCCUGAGAAGCCGUUCCUCCACCAGCUUCUGCGAGAAGACCAAGAGCCCUUUCGACUGAAUGCUUACAUUGCAGAAAGAAAGCGGCAGCUCAGUGGGGCGGCCGCCGACCCAUCUCCUCCGUCGGCGUCCGGCGGAGUUCUCCGCGUUCCACCCAAAACGGCCGCUCUGCUUUUGGAGGCGGCCUUGAGGAUCCAGAAGCAAUACUCUGCUAAAAACCCCACAACCGAAAUCAAGAGCGCUGGGUUCGGGCUGUUCGGUUCCAUUCUGAAGCGAUUAAAGGGCAGGAACAAGAAACGGGGGCAAAAAUCUCUAGUUCUAAAGGGGGAUGACCGAAUUGGAGUUUCCUGCUCUGUUCGUCACUGCAGUUUUAGUAGUGCUGACUGGUCGGAGAGCCACGAAGAGAAAUCUUUGGAUUUCGAGACUUCAAGCAGUAGCAGGUCUGAAGAGGAAUUUCAAGAAAUUCGUCUCUUUCCUUCAAGCCCUUUUCGGUUCUCCCUUCAAAGAUGUGAAUCUCCCGGUCGCCGGAAAGCGGGCUUCCCUUCUCCGGCAGCUUCUCCGGUUGGCUGCAGACGCCAGGACAAAGAUCAGCAUGAAAUUGAAAAGCUGGUAAAUAUUGAGCAAGAAGAAGAGGAACAUGAGAAAGAGCAAUGCAGUCCUGUCUCAGUAUUUGAUCUUCCAUUCGAAGACCAUAACUACGCGCUCGAGGAAGAAGAUGACGAAGCGCACGACAGCGAUCUCGAAUGUAGUUAUGCAAUAGUACAAAGAGCGCAGCAACAGCUGCUGAGCAAGCUCAGUAGAUUUGAGAAACUAGCGGAGUUGGACCCGAUCGAGCUCGAGAGAAUAAUAAUGCUGGAUGAGGAAAAGGGCGACGAAGAUGUUGCGUGCGACAACGAGGUAGGGUCAACAUUUGAGAUGAAGAGGCUAGAGAAGAGCAAAACACACCAAGGAUUUGUGUGCAAGAGGUUUGAUUCGAGAUGGGGGUUGGAAUUGAACUUGAUAGACGUGAUGGUAGAGAUGGACAUGGGGGCGGUAGAGUCCGGGGAGUGGAAAACUUUCCCAACGCAGGCGGAAGAAACGGCAAUGGAGAUUGAAGUCGCCGUCUUCGGGGAACUUCUAAAUGAAAUUUUGACAUGAGGAAUGAAUGGACAUUGUUUUGAUUUUACGUGCAAUAAGGAUAUGUACAUGCUGAUUUCUAAGACCUGAUUUGAUUGGGAUUUGCUAUGGUGCCUUCCCAAAUAAAGGGACAUGGAUGCCCCUCCACCCAAUUGCCGCCAUGUGGAUUGCAAACUACGUGGAUUGAUUAAUCAUUUCAUACUCCAUAUCACUUUAGUUUCGAGAAAUUGCAAAAUGGUCCUCUCCACUUAAUGUUAAGUUACUAAUCUUUUAUGGAGUAUUAUUUUACCGGUUAAAAAGUUAUUCACUCAAUUCAAUUUUUAAUAACUUAUAUUGUCUUAG